UUGGUCUUGCCACAUGCGCUUUAAUCAACAGCUAGCAAAUACGGUGCGGGUAGGAUAGCCUACAUGAGAAUAUGCUAUAUAUUCAAAAGGCAGCCAAGCCUCGAUCAAGUCUCCAGAAUAAGACGCUCGAUAUUUAUUGGAAAGUAGCAUCGAUCACCGCGUGCACUUUCACCACCUUGUGAAGUUAAUAACAAAUCUGUAACUUAAUCUGUAGCCUAAACUGCAUUUUUUUCAGAGUCGUAGUGGGAGUACCACACAACAUAUUGUAUAACUAAGUUUACUUCGAUAUGAUUCGUAUAUCAAUAUUUCCGUAUAAAGCCAAGGCGUUAUACCAUCGCCAUUUCUCGCAUCAUUCAUUUUAUCGACCGUCUGGUGUGUGUUGUCGACAUUUGGCAAGUUUACCGAAAAAUGUGCUGUUAUCCGGCCUAUCGUGAAAUGUUUUAUCAGACAUACUUUACACUCGUAAAAUUGUUAGAUGGAAACCUGGUUAUAGUAACGUGCUGGCGCGACAUGCCCUCAUGAGCCUUUCCCAUCUAAACACACCCUCUCCUAACGUCACAUGGAUCGGGUUUUGAGUGUAGUUGCGUUACGCCAGCACAACACGGCAGCUGCAGCAAGAAUGGCUAGAAUUGUGUCAAAAUAAGAGUCCUCUACUACGAGAGACUGUCCGAAACCUCCUUCACUCUCAUGGGCCAACACUUUUUAAAUUUGUGAAGAUGAUUACGAUGUACAUUAGCAUGAUGUGGGAAAAUGCAAAUAAAGACUAGGAUGAGUGAUGAAGUUGAAGAAUGAAGAGGGUGUAUGAAGAAAUGUUUUACACGUACUUUUCUGUGUGGAGCACUUUUAUUUGGAAGGCUCUUGCCUUUUUGUUGCUAGGUUCACAUAUGUUACAGAGUAGCCUGUAUUCUGUACAUCAUAAAAUUAUAAGAUUGGACAAGCAAAGGUGAGAAUAGAAAAAAAUGAGCAAAGUUAAGACUAUUUUCAAGAAGACAAAUUCAAACGCACCAUAUUGUGGCAUGAGAUACUUUUUUUGAUAUUCCCGUGCAAUAAUGGAAUUUAGUUUUUUAUACAUUUGUGGCGAUAUGGAGUAAAAGUCCGCCAUAGUCACCCACCACGCCCGGAGUUCAACAUUUGGAGGUUUACCUCUUCGACCCAAAAGUAGCCAAAGUGUUUUCAAGGGAGUCAUGACUUUGAACUCCAUAGGGGCCUGUUGCCUCAGCGAAGAGGGAAAGGAGGCUCGGCGGAUCAACGACGAGAUCGAAAGGCAGCUUCGCCGGGACAAGAAAGACUCGAACCGCGAGUUCAAGCUGUUGCUUCUCGGGACUGGUGAGAGUGGGAAGAGCACCUUCAUCAAGCAGAUGAGGAUCAUCCAUGGGACGGGCUACUCCGAGGACGACAAGCGAGGCUUCACCAAGCUGGUGUACCAGAACAUCUUCACUGCCAUGCAGACCAUGAUCCAUGCUAUGGAGACCCUGCAGAUCCUCUACAAGUGUGAAGGCAACCAGGGCCAUGCAAAUAUUGUCAUUGAAGUGGAUGUGGAGAAGAUCACGUUUACAAAUCCGUACAUUGACGCCAUUAAGAGUCUAUGGAAUGACCCAGGGAUCCAGGAAUGCUAUGCUCGGAAGAGGGAAUACCAGCUCUCAGACUCUGCCAAAUACUACCUGAAUUCACUGGACCGUAUAGCUGAGUCAUCUUAUGUGCCGACCCAGCAGGAUGUGCUCAGGGUCCGGGUCCCCACCACAGGCAUCAUCGAGUACCCCUUUGAUCUCCAGAGUGUGGUCUUCAGGAUGGUGGAUGUGGGUGGCCAGAGGUCCGAGAGGCGGAAAUGGAUCCACUGCUUUGAGAAUGUCACCUCCAUCAUGUUCCUGGUGGCUCUCAGUGAAUAUGACCAGGUCCUGGUAGAGUCUGACAACGAGAAUCGAAUGGAGGAAAGCAAAGCAUUGUUCAGGACAAUAAUAACCUACCCAUGGUUUAAAGAUUCCUCCAUCAUACUAUUCUUAAAUAAGAUUGACUUAUUGCAGGAGAAAAUCUUGUUCUCACAUCUGGUGGAUUACUUCCCUGAAUAUGAUGGACCCCAGCGGGACCCACAGGCAGGAAGAGAAUUCAUCUUGAAGAUGUUUGUGGACCUGAACCCAGAUAGCGAUAAAAUCAUCUAUUCCCACUUCACCUGUGCCACCGACACGGAGAACAUUCGAUUUGUCUUUGCUGCUGUCAAGGACUUCAUUCUGCAGCUAAAUCUCAAGGAGUACAACCUGGUUUAAAGACUCCAGCCGACAGCAGUUACAGACUUUUAAUGCAAUCUGCUCCAACAGCUGCAGCCAGAGACCAGGGCCCGGAGCCAUAGUACAAACUUCUUCACUAUGACUGGUUGUCUUCCACUACGCUGAAACCCUACUACCCACAAUGGGAGUUGAAGACUGCAUCUACAGAGCAUUUCCAUAAAUGGCUGGAUUAUUUCCAAUGGAUCAACUGCUCACCCCUGCAUUUUGUUUUAAACGGGCAUCUUUGAUUUUGUUCACGAGGUGUGUCAUGAUGAUGAAUAAUACGGUGCCUUUUUGAGGAAAGAUGAUUCUGGUGUACAUUGAGAGUUAUUAGGAACUCUUUGUAAACCAUUCAAAACACAUUUAUAACAGUGUAAACACACUUCAGAUGAGAGUUAAAGUGCUUUGAUGUGCCACCUGUCUCUCUGAGGACUGUUGACCCAUGGCUCUCUUGUCAGAGAAUGUCUGGUUGACAUUUAGAUAACUGCUAUGCAGCUCUUCACCUUAUAUCCUCCAGCGGGUCACAGUCGUAGUCUAUACAUUGUUUACGUAUUUAAAUGAGUAGUCAUUCUCUGGGUCAGAGGAUAGAAUAAACAAUCAUAAUCAUCACCUAGGACGUGUAACCUAGCACACAGGUAUUAUUUGCACAAUUGACACAUUUUGUUGUUUUUCUAUUGGUGUAUACAUUGUAAGUGGGGCUUAUGUGUUGCCAAAAUAGUAUUACCUCUAUUGACUGAAUAGCCUGUACUGAAGUGUGAAAUCUGAAGCUGUACCACCACAUUUUUAGCUGAAAUGUGUUUGACUAUCAACACUUUGCAGUUGUAAUACUGUACACGUCAACUACCAGUGUUAUAACAUAACUAUAUUUGCCCCCGCUAAACAGAGCAUCAUGAUACUGUUCCUCAUCCAAUAAGGGAAUGUUAUCCACUUAGACAAGGUCUAUCGUUGAUCCGUGACAUUGCUUUUUGUCGGUCCUUUGUAUUCUCAGUGGAGAUGUACUGUAUUGCUUUGGCACAGUUUCAGUUCAGGGACAACUUUGAUUAGCAUUAUUGAGUCACUCUCUGGUUUCAAGAUCCUUUGUGAAAAGGGCUGAAAAUGAUUCCCCAUAUUGUGUGUGUCUUUCUCGCGCUCUCUCUCUCUCGAUAUAUAUAUAUAUAUUGCACUUUGUAAAUAUAAACUGGUACAGUGACUUCCUGUGUGUUCUCUUGUUUCAAGGUCCCGUAAAAUGAAAAGUGUUGUAAUUCUUACCUGCUGAAUGAGAACGUUGGGUCCAAUGACCUGCUUUGAACACAUGCGUUAAUUUCUUGAAUCAUAUAUGUAAUAUGAGAGUACAAAUAAAUACUAAUCAGAAGGUUCUCUGCACUAUUUCAUUUGUGUCAAUCAAUCUGUCGUUACGUGCCAUUUUUAAAGUCUGUUGAAAAUAAAGCAUAUUUUGCUUUUUUGUCAAAUUAUUUUUGGAGCAAUGUACAUGCUUUGAAAUUGUGAUGGAAUAAAUCAUUCCAAUUU